AUGCCACGUAUUUCUAACCUAACUAUCCUAAGAGCCUACAAGCAGAAUCCACUCCUUCCUGUAUUACUCCGAGAAUGCCGAUCGCAUGACUCUGCAAAGAAUGAACUUCGCUGGCUCCAGGAGAGGGCCAGUCGCUCGAUUUCGUCCAAACAGGUUACGCGGUCUUCCCUUGCCCCUUUGGGAUGGAGAAGGCUCCUUAGAUCGAUGUGCCAUGCUCGAUCAAAAGGAAUGCCUCUGCAAUAUAUCUUAGGCGAUCAACCCUUCGGCGAGCUCGACAUUCUAUGUGAAAAGGGUGUGCUAAUUCCAAGAGCAGAAACAGAGGCAUUCACUAUACAAACUGCCAAAUUGAUCUUGAACAACGUUCAAAAGCAUGGGCGUCAUGAAGCUGGUCAACAGCAGCGUUCCUUGCGUAUAGUUGAUCUCUGUACAGGUAGUGGCUGCAUAGGGCUACUCCUGCAUGCACUUCUUGCCCCUCAUAUCGAUCAGCUUUCAAUUCUUGGGGUUGAUCUUAGCCCUGCAGCUAUUGCACUAGCCAACAAGAACCUUGCGCACAAUAUUCAACGAGGUCUACUUUUAAACCGUGCUGCUACUGAGGUUUCUUUCCAGCGCGGGAACGUUCUCCCCCAUGAUAGCAGUGGACUUCCUUCGGCAAGGGAGGUGCUGUGCAAUCACCAAGGGCUUCCCUCUGAAAUAGAGCCAAAAUGUGACGUUCUCAUCUCAAACCCGCCAUAUAUAUCCCCUGAAUCAUUUCGAGACGGUACUACCUCACGUAGCGUCCGAGUUUUCGAACCAAAGCUUGCAUUGGUUCCUCCGCUCGGAGACUCUAUUAUGGGAUUAGGUCAUGAUAGACAGGAGGACCUUUUCUACUAUCACAUCAUUUUGCUAUCAUUUCAGGUUCGUACGAAGCUUUUGGUGCUUGAGUGCGGCGACCGCUCACAAGCUACGCGGGUAGCUGCUAUUGUCAAAACACUGUCCAGCGGCUAUCAGCUGAAUGCCCUGUCCAUCAAGAUCUGGUCUAGUUCUGGGACAUUUAUUGGUGACGAAACGCCCCCCGAGGAUGGGCCAUGUGCAGUUGUUGUGACAGCCAUUCAAUAG